UCCGGUGAAGACACAAAUAUAAGUUACAUGUCCUGUCUCGUUGUAAAUGUUUUGAAUAGAAUUAAAUAGAGAUGAUGUGGAGUGCCGAUGAGAUAGCCAGUCUGUGUUAUGAUCAUUUUAAUAAACUGCCUAAAAGAGGAAAGCCAGAGGAGGGCAGAGAGUGGACUUUACUAGCAGCUGUGCUUCAACUCACUCACAGUCCAGAACACAAGACAGUUCACAAACAGAUUGUGUCUUUGGGGACGGGUACCAAAUGCAUUGGCAAGUCUGUCAUGAGUAUGAAUGGUGAUAUUCUGAAUGACAGUCAUGCUGAAGUUAUUGCACGCAGGGGGUGUGUCAGAUAUCUCAUGGAGCAGCUGUACAGGGCUGUAAGUGGCCAGAGUUCUGCGGUUUUCCAACCAGGUACUGAGAAAGGACAGUGGAUGGUUAAACCAGAAGUUUCUUUCCUUUUUUUCACCAGUCAAACACCCUGUGGUGAUGCCUCCAUCUUUCCUAUGAAUUGCAAUGAAGUGCAGCCCUGUAAGUUUGUAAAAGAGACCCAGAAUAAAGAGCUAGAAAGGCGAGGUUCAAAGCGGACGGCUGAUAGUGACCUAGAAGAGCAUCCUAGAAUAAAGACACGAGUUGGACAUUUCAUUUUUGAAAAAUCAGUGGACGGUGAGGAACAAAAAUCUACAACAGAAAACAAAGAAAGGAGUCAAUCAGAAGACAUUUUAAAACGCGACCUCCACCGCACCGGGGCGAAGUGUGUCCCUGAUGGUCCGACCGACCCACUGCAGCCUGGACUACUCUACCACAACACUGGGCUGUUGCGUCUGAAGCCGGGCCGGGGAGACAGCACACUUUCUCUCUCCUGCAGUGAUAAACUCGCACGCUGGGGUGUUCUGGGCUUUCAGGGUGCCCUGCUUUCUCAUUACCUGCAGAAGCCAAUCUAUUUCAGUGCGGUGGUUGUUGGGAAGUGUUCAUACAGUCACCAGGCCAUGGUGAGAGCCCUGAACACACGAUGUGCUCAUGUGACUGGUCUUCCGUCUGGUUUUUCCACACAUCCUCCAAAGCUCCUGCAGUCUUGUCUGGAGUUUACUUGUAACCACACACACACCGAGGUCCAACAUACACAUGCACAAGGCAAAAUAUCACCUUGUGGGGCAGCUAUCAGUUGGUGUGCUGUAUCCCAGCAGCCUCUAGAUGUCACUGCCAAUGGCUACAAACAGGGAGUGACUAAAAAUGUUUUGGGCACACCAAAAGCCAGAUCUUUGAUCAGUAAGGUGGAACUUUUCCAUUCCUUCCUGAAACUGGUGGCAGUAACCGAGCAAACUCAACUUCCAGAGUCCCUCUGUGGAAAAGAGUUGAGAACAUACUGGGACUAUAAGCAAGCUGCAGGGCCAUACCAGCAGGCCUGGACACAGCUGCAGCUGCAGGCCUUCCCGCUGUGGUGUCGCAGCCCGCGAGAACUUCUGCUCUUUCAUUAACACAUGCAACAUUUCACCACAAAAAUGUUCUUUAAUGUCCAGCAUUAGUACAUUGUGUAAAAUUGUAUUUUUUAAAUUAUUCUCAUUGGUAGAGAAUGUAAUAUUUCUGACUUUUUGAAUCUUUAAAUUUUUCCAUGUUAAUACUAUAUACAGUAUACUUGUCCUCAUGUAGCUCCCUAUCCCUAUCCUAACUUCUUGCAAAAUAAAAACUAUUUUUGUCUGUAUUUUUUGUCAAACAUAUUUUGUUACAUAUUUCACAAGAAAUAACUAGGAUCUAAAAGGCCCGGUUUACUAACAGAUUGGGAGAACACCUCUUUUGGCAUUAUAAAACUACACGCAGUGAAAACAUUUGUAGGAAUAUCCCUAUUAGAUGCUAAAUUUAUGGGAGGAGAGUAUUUAAUGGCCAUUAAAGCAUAUCUUAAACCCUAAACUAAUGUGUGCUACGAUUCAGUAAAUUACCUGCAGAAAUUUCCACUCCCAUCAACGCUUUUUCUAAAAUUGCGCUCACACACUAAUUUGCCGUUUAUUAAAUCUGGGCCUAGGUGUCU